AGACGAUGGCCUAGUAUGAUAUACCAGGCCACAUGACGACCGUCUCGUAGAACCAAGAGCAAGAACUCAAAUCAAGGAUCAUGGCAGCGUCUCGUCAUCCAGCAUUGCUGAGGCCGUUGCAUAUUUUUAUGCCAUGGUUAUCAGGUUAAGUAGUAGUUUAUUUGUGAAAAUUCAAGUGUGGCCGUAUGACCAGCCAGAUUGUGCUAGUAUUUGAUUAUCUAUCAUAAUUUGAUGAAGAGGACGGCGGGCAAGUUUGUUGUAUCUGUAAAUAGAACAAUUAUCACAGGCUAGCGCAGGGACGACGACGCCCCUGUGCUGCUCUCAAGUUUAUCAAGUGGGGCCGCCUUGUCUCGUAUAAGCCAAAGAACCCGGCAAAGACUAUGACACGGGAAGGCCACAGACAAAAGCCAAAGCCUCCACAGAGGAAAGACAAACCACGCCAGCGGAACGGCCGAGGCCCAUGAAGGUGAAGGCGCAACACACAGGCCCAGGAACUACAAACGGGGCGCGAACUGGAAACACAACCACGACAAGGAGGCGGAGGAAAAUGAAGACAAAAAGACCCGAAAAGGAAAAAGACUCGCGACGGCCACAGGGAAGGGCACAGGGGUCAGGCGGUGCACAGAGUGCCAAGGAGCGGACAGAACUGCGACGCGGAUAUCGGCGGGCCAAGAGGUAGGGAAGGGGGGGGGAGAAAGCGAAGGGACUGACAUGGCCACGGCGCGGGGAGUGGGCGCCGAUCGUUGUAGGCAGCUGCUAUGAGGUGGGGCGAAGGCCGCGCAAGGGAAAGAGAGACGACGAAAGACGCAGAGGGCAAGAGACAAAAAGAAGAAGCGAGCCAACGCACAGCACGGCCAGAGCUGUGCGAGCGACACAGACAGACGCACACGGCAGAGAGAGCUGCGCCCGCGCCCGGUACGUAAGUGCCGCGCGCGCUUGAAUGAAUGAAGCAAACUACCAGGGGACGAGUGAGGCAGGCGACACCCCCCCCACCCGCGCCGGCUGGGUCCUCUUUUGCGUGUGUCAGAUUGUUCGCCACUGGCUUCGCUUUCCUCGCUGUCUCCAUCGGCGCGGGCGGGUUGCUUUCUUUUACCUUAUCUGGGGUCGCCAGCCACUGGCCUGCCCGGCGUUGGUGUGGGCGUGCCGCUUUCUGGGGCCGGGUGUUGCUGGAAGAGGCAGACAACAAACCUUGGGAAGCGUGGGCUGUCUGAAGUUCUUACCCCGCUACUACAGGCACCGGCCCCCUCGACCUCCCUCCGCGCUCUGGCUCUCGUCAAUCAUCCAGAACUUGCGUGCAGUCUAUCUCUAUCUAUUUGGUGCCACGCCCUCGCGCUGGGCAUGUGUACGUGAGAGAGUGACCCAGCCCCCUCCAAAGAAAGCAGGAGCGCCUUGCCACCCCCUAAUCCCUAAACCCAAACCCGCAGCGCACGCUGAGCGCCACGCCGCUCUGAAAGUGCUGACCUUAUCCGACCGAAGAAAGGACCGCCCAAAGAUAGAAAGGGACGGUCUUCGCGGUCUUUUUCGGGUCGCGCGAUGAGUGGAGACCAGGGCAUGCCGGUCUGUGACGGAUAUCGCGCAUGCAGGCACAAAAAAAGGAAGGGUGGUGGGCAUUGAUAGGGGCUGCAGGAGUGAAGGGGGCCGGGCAUUGCCCUCGCGCGCAACUACUCAAAAAGGGAAGCCCCGGGACCACUCUUUGGGCCUUCGAUGGAAGGCGACAGAGGUGGGACCAAGCUCAAAGCUGUCGCCUGCUCAUGUGUCAGCCGUGGGUCCCUCGGUGUUUCGGCAUUUCUAUCUCAUACGAGACAAGAAAACUUUUUCUGUUAUCGUAUGUAAUUAUCAAAAUUUUUGGCCUUUGGGAAAGUGAAGAAGCUUUUUACGGGGGUGCCGCUCAUGGACUAGGACGAUGAGAAAACUGCGAGAAAGAUGGUCAUCAAAUGCAUUGACUUCGAUCUUUGUCUCGUUCGUUUGUCUGCCUUCUCUGUUCACAUGCAUCGCCAUACCCGUAAAAAAGCCAGCGCUUUCUGUCCAUCUUGAGUCCGUCUACAUCGUCAAAACAAAUUCUGUAUUCUUGGGCAAAGGUAGAAGAUUUGUCCGAAAAUCUGAACUCGAUGUAGCUUAUACGGUAGCUAUGAUUAUCGCCAAUAGAUUGAGCUAUGUAUACGCUGUAGGAAGAAAGCGGAGUAUGCAAGUGCUCUCAUACAAGCCUUAUAUCCUCAGAGGCGUGCUUUUCGCGUAGGUAUGGAUUAUCUUAAAUUUCUACUUGGUUAUGUGGAUGUCCAAGGAAGCGGUAGUAGGAGUCGUAUCUUUAAGUCAAAUCCGAAGGAACCGACGGAGUUUAACAUUAUUUCGUGCUAAUACUUUGCGCGUGAGUGGGGAGACUCUGUACGAGGGCGAUCCGUUUUUCAGCGAGCUUGUAGCCGACGAAAAUCUGAAAAAGGAUAUUGAAGUUAAGCGUACUAGUUGUAUUUCAUCCUCAUAUCUUACUCCUCUUGUCAGUCAUAUUUAUGGAUUCAAAAAUCAUAUGGGGUAGCAGUUUCUAAGUGAGAAAAAGGUGUUGGGAUGUCCUUGCAGAACAAGGGAAUCAACACCGCAAUAAUCAUCUUCACUGAUGUACUAGUAUUCGGGAACGGGAUGAUGAAACGAGUUUCGUGGCUUCAGAACCUAGCUGCCUUUAAUGAAGCAAUUAUACAACAAGAUGCAGAGACACGGAGGUUCCGCGCUUCCCUCUCGGCGAUUGGUGGCAACUCUAGUGUGGCGUCCGCGAGUUUGCCCAAAAUCACACCUGUUGCUAAUGAAGAAUCUACUCUCAAGGAGAAUACAAAUGCUGC